GUUUGUUUGCUUUCAUUCAUCACAGUAUUAAUAGCUUUAUUUACUUUGUGCAUUCAUCUUUCAUUGUUUUUUUACGUGUUUUAAAGAUUGUAAACUUUAAGAUAGAAAGAUACAACUUAAAGUCUAAGCAAUAAUUUUGCCGAAAUGUCUUUGGCAGACGAAUUAUUAGCGGAUUUAGAAGAAAAUGAUGAUGGUGAACUUGAAGCCGCAAUCGAGAGUAAAACUUCAACAAAUGAAGCGUCUCACGAAUUUGCUGUUCCUUAUCCAGUUAUACCCAAAGAGGAAGAAAUAAAAAAUGUUUCCAUUAGAGAAUUAGCGAAGUUAAGAGAUUCUGAUCGGCUGAAAAGAGUAAUAACAGAAAUUGAACAAAAUGUUGGUAACAAUCGAAAUAAAAUUGAAGUGACAGGUUUAAUGGAAUCUGAUCCUGAAUACCAGUUGAUUGUUGAAGCCAACAACAUAGCUGUGGAGAUUGAUGGUGAAAUUGCUAUUAUUCACAGAUUUGUACGUGAUAAAUAUCAAAAACGUUUUCCGGAGCUAGAUUCGUUGAUUGUUACUCCGUUGGAAUACAUUCGGAGUGUGAAGGAACUUGGAAAUGAUCUGGACCAGGCUAAAAAUAAUGAAAUCCUUCAGAGUUUCCUUACACAAGCUACUAUCAUGAUAGUAUCCGUAACAGCAUCUACAACACAAGGAAAACGGUUGAGUGAAAAAGAGUUGCAAGAAAUAUACGAAGCAUGUGACAUGGCUGCCGAGCUGAACAACUACAAGUCAAAAAUAUAUGAAUAUGUUGAAAGUAGAAUGACAUUCAUUGCACCAAAUAUUACAGCUAUAGUCGGUGCGUCCACAGCAGCAAAAAUCCUGGGUGUGGCUGGGGGUCUUUCUAAACUAUCCAAAAUGCCUGCUUGCAAUGUCCUUCCCCUUGGACAACAAAAGAAAACCCUGUCAGGAUUCUCCCAGGCGGCAGCCUUGCCACACACUGGCUUUAUUUAUUUCUCGCAAAUUGUACAAGAUACGCCCCCUGAGCUGAGGUACAAAGCAGCCAAGCUAGUAUCAACUAAACUGACGCUCGCUGCCCGCGUGGACGCCUCUCACUCGAGCACGGACGGCCAUAUUGGAAGACAGCUGCGGGAAGGCAUUGAGAAGAAACUGGACAAAUUACAGGAACCCCCUCCGGUGAAGUUCGUAAAACCACUCCCGAAGCCGAUUGAGCAGAGUCGCAAGAAGCGCGGCGGCAAGCGCGUGCGCAAGAUGAAGGAACGCUACGCCAUGACAGAGUUUAGAAAGAACGCGAACAGGCUUAACUUCGCUGACAUCGAAGAUGACGCAUACCAAGAAGACCUGGGCUAUACUCGCGGUACUAUUGGCAAAUCCAGCACAGGCCGUGUGAGGUUGCCACAAAUCGAUGAGAAGACGAAAGUGCGCAUCAGCAAGACCUUGCAGAAGAAUCUGCAGAAGCAACAGCAGUAUGGGGGCGCUACUAGUAUAAGGAGACAGGUGUCCGGCACGGCGUCUUCUGUGGCCUUCACUCCGUUACAGGGUUUGGAAAUAGUAAAUCCCCAAGCGGCAGAAACUCGCGUCAAUGAAGCUAAUGCCAAAUAUUUCUCCAACACCUCCGGUUUUCUCUCAGUGGGGAAGAAGACCACUUAAUGCUUUGUACCGUCAUGACAGAUUUCAGUAUUUGGAAGAAAUAAGAUUGAUACAGAUAUAAUUUAAAAAUAAAUUUAGUAAUUAAGCA